AUGACUUCUCAAUUCCUUCAAGGAGAAUUAACGUCUUUAAUAAAUGAAUCUAAGAGAAAGAAUUCCGAUCUUAGAAAUGCCGCGGAGAGCUCGCUCCAUGAUCUCAAGGCAAUACCUUCAACAUCAGAAGUUCAGCUAGCGGCAGAUUUACUUCGAAAGCCCCAUUUCGUGAGGCCGUUCGUUCUAGCUUGUCAUACUCGCCAUGCUAAACUUGCAGUGUUGGGAGUUGGGUCGAUUCAAAGACUCGUAGCUUCUGGAGCAUUACCACCUGAACAGCUGGAAAGUGUUGUAGAUGGGCUGCAUCAAACCACAAACAUAAGUUUGGACGUUCAACUCAAAGUACUUCAAACGUUACCAACAUUAUUUCAGCGUUAUUCAGACAACUUAAAAGACCGCCUCCUUGCGAAUGUCCUGGAACUUUGUGCAACGCUGCAAACCGUAAGAGCAACAGCUGUUUCAAAUACAGCUGCAGCAACGCUUCAGCAGCUUGCUGUAUCAGUCUUCGAGAAGGUUUCCAGAGAAGAUGAAAACCUUGAUGACAGCGUGACUCUCGUUUCAAUUUCAUUAGGAAACGAGAGCAUUAACAUCUCAGGGGCGAGCUACGAUGCGUUUCGGGUGCUGGACGACCUUUGUCGGCUCGUCGAAGGCGAAACUCUUGAGUUUCUCAGGAUCAAGUCUCUAUCUAAGAUUUUCGUGCUAGAGUUAAUCGAAAGCAUCUUGGUUAGCAAUAACAAUGUGUUCACUCGACAUCCAGAACAUGCACAUAUUCUCCGAUACAGAUUAUUGCCUCUGAUUGUGAGGUUCCUGUCCGAGCGACAUGGGUUCCCAAUCACUGUCCGCCUAGCAAGAAUAUUGCUGCUUUUACUUAAAUCGCAUAUCCAACUGCUCGUUUCUGAAUCGGAGGUUGCGCUGAGCCUUUUAGUUCAUUUACUCGAAAUUGAUGUUUCGCCUCCUUGGAAACGUGCGAUAUGCAUGGAGCUUUGUAGGGGUAUUUUUUCAGAGCCAGGCCUCAUCAUGAUCAUAUUCCGCUUGUUCGACCAACAAGAAAAACGCAAAGAUAUUGUCAGAGCUUUUGUGGCUUGUUUUGUUCGGCUUGCGGCCGAAAACCCUUCAUUGAUAGGAGUAGGGCAUCAGUCGACAGUACCAGUCGAACCUGCAUUAUCUGCGGAUACAAUUGAAGAUCAAGUUGCUUUGGAAGCCGUCGGCGUAGCCGGUGUGUUUGGAGGCCCAUCAAAAAAUACAGACGCGUACGGCAUCAGCAGUCAGUGGAGCUUACUUCGGGUGCCAUAUAUUGAAACCUUAGAUAAAUUAGAAGCGCCCGUCCCCCCAGAGACUUACAUUUAUACCCUAGUGCUCAACUGUAUCAGUAGCUUUUCGGAAAAUAUCGCAAGAUUCAUCCUCCCACUGACAGUUGCGGAGACGAAAUCAAGACGAAAGUACGGACAUUUUGCAUUGACCAAGACUGGCACUGCAAAUUCUGAUGACGCCAAAGCCGUUAAUGAACUCAAGAAUUCAAAGGAUGUUUUCAUUCCAGUAAAUCCCCUUGAACUGAAAUCCCAUCCACAAAUCGAGGAUAUCGAGAUAAUCGCGGCCAUUAUUGACUCCUGUUGGCCGGCAAUUCUUGCUACCUCUUCUACCUUUUUAUAUGCAGCUCUGGAAAGCGAUUACUAUCACAAUUUAGUUCGAGCAUUUCAAAAGCUUGCUCACGUCGCGGGACUUCUAAGACUGACUACGCCCAGAGAUGCAUUUCUUACUACACUUGGAAAGGCCGCAGUCCCUGCUGAUACCCUAAACACCAGCUCAUUAGCUUCAUUGCCUCAGAAGCUGGAAGAUCAUGUCUCUUUUACCGAGUCUCCCCUUCCAAGCUCCCCAAGCAAUGCUGAGCACCCGAGGCUGCCCAAUGAAAAUAAAGGAAUAUUUCUCGAUACACGAAAUCUAUUAUGUUUACGUGCAUUGCUAAAUUUGGGAAUUGCCCUGGGCCCUUCUCUGGAUCAAUGCUCAUGGUCCAUAAUCCUUGAAACUUUACAGCAUGCUGAUUUGAUUCUCGAUGUCUCGACCUCGUCAAUUACCAAGCCAGCUGCCACGGACCAAAGCCCAGAGAAAGGUUUCACUGUUGGUGCAGAUUUAUCUAAAGGAAACGUUGGAACCGAAAUAUUGGCCGUGCGCACGGCUGCCAUGAAACUUUUUGAAAGCACGCAAAACUACCCAGACACGGCAUUAGGAUUACUCAUGCGUGCUCUAUUGAGUCUUUCAGAACUUACAAAGGAGUACGAUGAUCCAUCCUCCCCUGUUUUUGAGACAAUUCCACAGAGUGGCCGAGUUCGGCAGAAUAGGCGCAAUCUGUCUAUUGCCCUUGGCCGGCCUAAAGUACAAGAAGACGAGUUGAGAUUUAUCCUUGCAAAAAUGGGAGAUUUGACCAAGGCAAAUAUUGAAAGACUCACUAUAAAUCGUGAAGAGUCCAUUUGGCAAGUCAUCGUAAAUUUCCUUGUUGCAAUCACGAAGAACGAGCAGGUUAGCUCUCAACUUCGUUCACGAGCAAGUGUAGUGCUCAAUGAGCUUGCCUUUGACAUGAUCAAACUUGGCAAUUCAUUUGAGCCAUCAUGUCGGAACGAAGUGCAGCUUCGAGGACUACAUGCUCUAAAGGCCCAAAUCUCCGGCCUUUACAAAUCAGAACGUCGACCCAGUUCCGCAGUGCGUAGUUCUGAUUUCCACGUACAUGAGCUUGCCCUUGGAACUCUCAAAUCAGUGCUAGAGGAAUGUGGUGACUCAAUCACCGCGGGGUGGGACUUAGUCUUCAGCUUGAUCUCAAGUGUGUUUGACAAGCAGGACACCGGCCCCCAGAAACACAGCCAGGGUCCAUCAGUAAUACCCCGAAUCAGUAGCCCAGAAGCGGUGUCUGUGAAAUCGCCGAAGCUCUUAAGGACGGCAUAUGAUUCACUUCAGCUUAUUGUAUCUGAUUUUAUUGCUUUGCUGCCCGUUUCUUGCCUCCUUCAAUUGGUGGAAACAUUCUCUUACUUUGCUUCCCAAGAAGAAGAUUUCAAUAUCUCUCUUACGACCACCACCUUCUUCUGGAAUACCUCCGAUUUUCUGUGCGGCCGAUUUGGCAAUUUUGUGAUCACGGAAAAAUUCAAUGUUGGAUCCACAGAAGAAGAAUUGAUAGUUCUUGCGACUACUACCGAUUCCACGAUCGCCAGCAAUGCCCUGUGGCUUUUAUUGCUUUUGAAAAUCGUGCACGUUUCGGUUGACAAUCGAACUGAAAUUCGCAACAAUGCCAUUCAAACGAUAUUUCGAAUAUUGGACAAUCAAGGCCAACAGCUACCACCAGAUGCAUGGCACAUAUGUCUCAACCAUGUUUUGCUUGUGAUGGCUGAGUCCGUUCAAAAAAAGCUCUUCGAAGCGUUGCACUCUACUGAAACUGGGAACACUAACAUUCAAAAGGCUUGGGUGGAAACUGUGGUCCUUCUUACAAAAGGGUUAUCAGACUUAAUCACGAAUUUCUUUGAUACCGUUAUUCAUGAUUCAGAAUUUAAUCAAUCAUGGCACCGCUUACUGGAAUACUUUGACAGCAUACUUAACUCUCGCCUAUUAGAACUUACAUCGUCAAUCUUCACAAGCUUUGCCAAAAUACUGAGACGCAUUAAGAACCGUCAAGACGUUUCCUUGGAAGCGCUUGAAGAAGCUUGGGCGAUAUGGACUUCAAAUCACCCCGCCAAAGAAGGCCAGCGUUCUAAUACCUCCAACCAAGACGCGUUUUUGGCCUACUUGAACACUUACGAACAGCUCUAUCGCUUGCUUGGUAGUAGCUUGGGUGAGGAACAAGUUGCCCAAGUCUUGGCCAAUCUCAAACUUUGUGUAUGGGAAUCGAUUAUGCCGCAAUACUCCUCUGAUCUAGAACGCCAGUCAGAACCCCAGAAGUCCGUGGUCGGUUGCUUACGGGCCCUCUGUUUAGAUAAACCCUCAUCACAACGCGAAAUCAUUGAUUGUCUAGCGAAACUAUCAGACAGCGCAUUGACCAGAUGGUCUCCUGAGCAUGGAAAGGAGAAGCCUACUUUUGUCGCUUUCUCGAAAGCUUGUCUUCAACUCUUUAGUUGGUACAUGAUGGAACGAGGCGUGAGGGUGGAUUUCUUUUCAGGAAAUACGAUACCUGAAGCAAUAGGCCAUCUAGUCAAUCCUGUCUUGAACAAAUAUUUAUGGCUAGGAAAAGACUGCAACCCUCCCAUAUGGCAGGUUGCCGCGACAUCUUCGUUGGAUAUUCUCCAGGUUUUGAUUCCUUCAGUUGAGAAGGCGUACGAACAUGUUGAGAAGAAGACGGCUGCCAGUUUCUGGGCGCGGGUUGCUGAUUUAACUAGAGGCAUUGCAGCCGCCGAGGGUUACGAGGAGGAUAACAGGGGCACUGCCAUCCUCGCAGAAGAUGAAAGAUUUGAUAUGGAGGCUUUCACACGGCUACGUGUUUUAAUAAUUCCAUCCCUCGGCUCUCCGUUCAUCCCAGAUACCAUACGCCAAGAAUUUGCUUUCAUUCUAUUCAGAUUUUCACUCAUCUAUCCCCCGAACUACAAUGAUGUUUCUUUUGAAGACUUGAAGACUCAGCCUCUGGAAAACUUGUAUCAAGUCCGCAGAGGUAGGACUGUUAGCUCGCGACCGACUUUGCGCUCCAACCUAUCGUAUUUCCUAAUUGAUACUUUAUUCGAGCUGGCGUCCACACACGAAUUCGCGCUGGAAACAGGACCAAACUCACUCGAGUCAUAUAAAACGCUUGCAAAAUCUGUAUCUCCAUAUCUUAUUUUGCGUUGUGCAAUAGCAUUGAAAUCCUACAUCGCCGACCAGCCUUUGCGAGGACUCAUGCCGCAACCUAUUAUUGCUCGAAAAGAACUCCUGUACCUAUUACAAAAGCUCACCGCCUUACGAAGUACACCUACAGCUAUUCCUCCCGCAGGCCCAACUGUACCAGUACGGACUACUACCGAUCAGACCGAGGCCAUGGACAAGGACGUAAGGUACAAGAAACAUCUUGGAUGGGUAUACCCACUGGCCGUGAAAAGCAUCCAAGUUGCCGCAAGAGCACCAGAUGACCAAGAGAUUAUGCGGAUGUUAACAGAGCUAUUAGAGUCGAUUGCAGGCGACUGUGCCUCUAACGCUUGA